AUAAUUAAAACAAUUAACAUUUGGUGACGCGACUAAAUUAUUUCACAUGUACGCGACCAAUGGCGGCCUAAUUUACCCAAUAUUUAUAAUCGAAGACAAUGCGGCCGAGAGUGUACCCUGCACGAGUCUUAGGAACGCUCCAGAUGGAGCACCAGGAGCAGCACCAGCCUCUUCUCCUCCAUCACCCCUCCCAAGUCCUUGCCCCAAACAGCAGCAGCAGCAACAACAACAACAACAACAACAGUAGGAACAGCACCACCAACAACAAUAAAAACAACACCGCCCCAUUCGCACCCACGACCUUCGCCCGCGUCGUCACGAUCCUCGCCCUCGCCGCCGUCACUCUCUGGGCCAACUACGAGGCCUCCAAGGGCUUCCAGCUCACCGUCGUCCCGGCCGCCGCCCGCACCCUCCCCGCCCACCGCUUCAACCUCAUGUUCGUCUCCAACGGCCGCGCCGCCCGGCUCGUUCUCAACGCCAGCAACUUCGUCGAGCGCGCGCUCUACCCAACUGAGCUAUUUCCGCGAAAGAAAAUCUACCGCGUGACUCUCCGGCUAGCCGAGGAGAACUUCACGAAUACAGUGAGCGUGGUCAGCCAAAAGGCGUGCGGGCCGAAGGAGUUCACGGUCAGCGUGAGCCCGAGCAUCGUGGCAGAAGCGGAAGGGCGGCGGAUGAAUGAGCUCGUGGCGUCGGCAGUGCUGCGCGGCAUGGCUCACGUGUGGCUGCAGGACGGGCAGGGCGCGGCGCCGCGGCCGCUCGUCGACGGCAUGGCGGAGUACCUGCUGAUGAAGUCGGGCCUUCCGUCUUACCACAAUAUUUCUGCCCCGAAUUACAUGCCCCGGGCAAUGUGCUGGACCGACCGCAGCUACGUCGCCGUGGCGGGCUUCCUGCAGUUCUGCGAGGACCGGAGGCGCGGCUUCGUUGCGCGGCUGAACCGCGCCAUGCGGAAGCGGUGGGACGACGGCAUGGUCGACGAGGCGCUGCAGGUGCCUUCUCGCCGACUCUGCUCGGCGUACCUCUCUCAUCAUUAAUUAGGCGGCCUGCAGGAAGGCUUAUUAAUUAGUUCCUCAUGUUUAAUCUAAUUACGAUUUAGUUACUUUGUUUGUUUGUUUGUUUGCUUAAUUUGAUCGAGAAUUUCAAUAGAAUUUGGUAGAAGAUCUA